AGAACAAUUUCCUUUAAAUCUGAAUCAAAUUUGGCCACUUUUGCAGUUUUGCUCAGGUCGCCGGAGGGUGUUUUUUUCCCGAUCACAAGCUUUUCCGAUGAGCGUGUUCGGCGGCGACAGCUGGGGGCGUGAGGCGCAAUGCCGGAAGAGGAGAGUCGACGAUCUAUUAAUCGACGGCAUCGAAGCUUCUGCUUACAAGAGGCUUGCGAAUGGCAAAUUCGCUUGCCUUGUUUGCCCCCAAAAUCCCGUUCUCGACACCCCGAUUAUGCUCUCAGUUGCAUACUCUUCUCCUAUUGAUGACAGUGGCUGCAAUUUUAGGGGAAACGUUAGGGUUUCUUCGUAUAUGAGGAUUUUGGUUUCAAUUUUGUUGCUUGCUAAGACACAUGUGAAUGGCUCACGCCACAAAGCUGCCGAGUCGAGGCAUAGAGAACGAGAAUUGUAUAUACAACAAGAAGCGAAAAAACGAUCACAAUUACCAGAUUGUGUUAUCUCCAAUCGUUUGAUCGGUCAUCGGAAAAUGAAUUCCCAAAAGCCUUUGAUCAAACGAGCCAGGAAGGCUGCAUCUGAGGUGUUUCUUGGCCAAGCUACUCAGCAUAAUCCGAAAUCUGAAGCCGCUCAUUCAACGGUGCCAAGUAUUGAAAGUUGUAGCGGUUGUGCUAAAGGCAUUCAAAUUGAAAGCACAGACAAAGGGUCUGUUAGAAAGGUACCGAAAUUGGACUAUAGAGAACAGGUAGAGAGGGAGCUCAAGUUCACGGCUGCCGGGUGGAAACGAGAUUGCCAUGGCAGAUGGUUCAAGGAUGAGAAUGCCGAGUUCGAUUCUGAUGAAGAGGACCCGAACCUAGUCUUGAACGACGCCACUUGACGCUCGGGAAAUUAUCAUUAGGCAGAUGAACCUACAGUGUGAAGAUGGUGGCCAAGUGGUGAAAGUAAUUUAUUGUACACAAGUCUAGUGAUGUACGGUACACAAGUUCGCCAGUAAGCAAAGCGAAGUUACCAGAAGGACUUGGAGACUUUUAGGGAGGCAAGAGAGACUAAUGCGCA